AUUCUACUGAAAAUAAAACAUUUAUUGAGAAAUAAUAAGUUAGACCAUUUUUUUAAGUUAGACGUCUAAUUAACGAACGAUAAAAAGAUAACGUAGUCUGAUAAGAAACUAGUAAAAAAUUACAUGAUAAAUUAUUACUAAGUUAGUUACUUUUCUUUGCAAUGACGAGGGAAUGACCUGAACUCUAGCCAAACAUUGAAAGGAUUUUAUUUAUUGAAUUUUUUUGAUAUAUUAAUACUAUAAUAAUGAAAUCAACCAAAGCAACUUGUAUGCAAAUGUGCCCUAUUGAAGAAAUAAACAUUAUUUUUAUUUUAAAGUCGACAGAAACAGAAUCUUGUUCACCGGUUAGAAUGUACAUCAACCAAUAAUUGUGAUAAGAAAAAAAUGGUUAAAAGUUUUUGUCGAUCAGCAGCUGGUAUUUCUAUGAAUAAACCUUCUCUUUUAAGACCACCACAAAUUUUGAUUGACACCAUUACCUAUUUAAUAAAAGAAAUACUUCCACAAAAUGAUGUUUCAUUUAUACAAAUUUAUGACUUCAUUAAUGAUAGACUACAGAGCGUUCGACAAGAUGCUACAAUUCAACAAGUAUCUGAUAUUGAAUGGUUAAUAAUCUUACCUCCUAUUGUACGAUUUUAUGCAUAUUCUGCUUAUAGAUGUUAUAAAUAUGAUUUAAACCAUUUUGAUCCGUUUUUAAAUAAAAAAAACUUUGAUGAAUGUAUUUUGAAAAUACUGAAAAUACUAGUAAAUGACAACAAGGAAUCAAGUGUUGAUAAUCUGUGUUCUGAAAUGGUUUCUCUAUUAGUAGUUGCAAAUUUAGGAAAUUAUCACAUCUUACAACAAGUUUUGCCAUUUAUCACAAAAAAACAUAAUUUAAUUCAUAAAGCAGUUAUGUUAUCUCUAAACAUUAUGAAUGGAUAUUUUGGAAAGAUAACAAAAUUUUUUGAUCAAUUUCCAAUUUUACAUCUAUGUAUAAUUGCUGUACAAUUACCAGGAUUUAGACAACAAAUUUUAAAAGCUAUUUCUAUUAGCUACAAUAGUAAAAAUAAUUAUUUACCCAUCAAUUUUUUAAAAAAAUUAAUGCUUCAUAAUAAUGAAGAAGAAACUAAAAAUGAAUGUCAUCAUUAUGGUCUUAAAAUUAUUAAUGAUAAAGUUGAAGUAACUAAGACUCUUUUAAAAACUGAUGUUAAAGAGGUACAAUGUUUAAAGGAGCUGAAGUUUGAUGAAAAUAUAUGUAGUAUAAUUUUGAAUGCUUAAUUAGAGUUUGAACUUUAAUUUUCUGUAUUGAAUUUUUUUAUUAAUAAAUUAUUUCUAAAAACCUGCA